AUUUCAUCUUCCAGACCGAGCUUAAGCUUUGGGACUUUGAAGUGAAACCAUCGGUAACACAGACAACACUGGCUGUGGUCUACAAGGAGAUUGAUAGCUUGAGGCGUGAGCAGGCAACAAUUAGGCAACAGCAAGUUGACUUGAAGCACAUGCUGGCAAACCAGAAGAAAGAGUUUCCCAUGACAAUAGGUAGCACUGCCCUUGCGCCCUACCCUCUAACCACCCAAGAAGUGGACAGCUGGUCUUCCGAAGACACAGACUCCAUGCCCAACUUUGACCCCUGCUACCGCUACACAGUCCUGGACCAGACAUGGAGGGCCACCAAUACCAGCACCAAGGUUAAGAUGUGUGACCGUAACGCCAACUGGAAGGGCUGGUACCGUCUCUUCUACAAAGGCAAGAGCCUGCAGAUGCCAGAGAGAUGUGUCCCCAGUGACAAGUGUGGCACCCACGCCCCCCUGUGGCUGGCUAGUCCCCACCCCCGGAGGAGCGACGGCAUCGUGAGCCGCAGGGUCUGUGGGCACUGGAAGAAGCAGUGCUGUGCAUUCAAGUCCACUCCCAUCAAGGUCAAGAAGUGUAGGGGAAACUACUAUGUCUACCAGUUUGUCAAACCGACAAGCUGCCAUCUGGCCUACUGUGCAGACGUCAACACCAUCGUGUGUGGUAGAUGCAGGAGGAGCGAAAGCUGUGUGAGCAGAGACAAGAUUAGCUGGACGUGUAAGAGGAAGAAAGUGAUAAAGAGACAAGUUCACUUCUUUGCAGCCAUCCCCACAAGCAUCACAGGCAAGGUGAACCGCAUCAAGUACAGUUCUGUCACAGUGAACGUGGGCCACGCUUUCAACAGAAGGACCUCCACCUUCCGGGCUCCUGUCAAGGGCAUCUACCAGUUCUACUUUUCCACCCAAACGUCGACCAGUGGUGCUAAAACAGACCUGUGGCUUGUCGUCAACGGUUACUGGGUUUCUGUAUCUCACACCCAUGUCACCAGCCCUUCCUCUGUUGGCAGCUUGAGUACGUACAUGACCUUCCUGCGCAGAGGGGGCCUGGUGUACGUGACCCAGAACUGUGGCAACUCUUGGGCAAACGCUGCAUCCUCCACCAUCAUUUUUGGGGGCUCACUACUCUCACAGUAGAGACUGGGUAUAAUUGUUUUCAGAAGGUGCUAGUGUGUUGGGAUUUGUCAGUAAUCUUUUCUGUCAAAAUUGCUUUGCAUUUUGUCAAGUCGUGAGAUGACAAACAAAACCAAAUGAAGAACUUUAACUUUAGCUUUUGCACAA